CAUGUCAUUGACUGCCGAGUGGCGGAAGAGGUGGGGACACACAGACAUGUAGCUAAAAGGUCAUUGAAAGCCAUGUGUGGAUGCUAGACAUCUUGUUAGUCACACUGGAUCAUAGCAUCAGCAAAAUGCCUCAAAUGAUGAAUGUGAUGUCUGCACACUGCAGACAUAAUCACAAAAAACAUGCACCCAACAUUUACCAUCAAUCUCACAAUAUGAGACGGGAUGUCUCGUAAGUUGUUCAUCUUGAUCAAUGCUAACACCCAAUCUUUUUGUUAUUACGAGGUGUUGAUUAAUUUCAUAUAAGGGUGCAUAUAUGUUACUGCUGUGGCACAGAAGCCUUGAAUUUAAAGGGAGUUCAGUUAAUCCGUUGUAACUUAUAUAUUUGAGUUUUUAACUGACUUUGUUUUACAGAGCACAUUUGGAACACAAUUAUGACAACUGACUGACAUGGUUCCUAAAAAUCAAAUCUGUGUUUUGGCAGCAGCAUAUGGUCUCACCAUGUUAAAGAUGUUAUUAUGUUAACAUUUCAAUAUAAAAACAGUAGAUGACAAUUUGAACAUGAACAGAUUUGUCUUAUAAAAUCUAGUCAUAUUUAAGGCUGUAUUUUAUACAACAUGACUCCAAAUAGAAAUUAAACAGAGAAGUUUGAGAAAUUAGAAUUUAAAUACCCAGAAGUGAGCAAGCUGUGCGUACUUCUGUAAAUGUUUAACAUCCCAGCUUUCUUGAGUCUAAUUCCUCUUGACAGAGAGCUCAUGUGCUGCUGUUUAGGAGACCGACAUAAUUUGCUUCUUCAGUUUUGAUUGGUCACUCUUUGUCAGUGGAGAAGUAACUGACCUAACAUCAGAAUUUUAUUUGGGUAAAUAGGGCAAGUCCUAAGAGUCUCAGUGAGUUGGGGUGUUUUCCUUUGUGACAGUGCCACUGUGUCAUUCAAGCUCAUAAAAUACAAUUAUUUUAAAGUCUUGCAACAGACCCUCUCCCUAAAGGAAAAUUUCUUUUUGUCAUAGUUUUGGCAAACAUAGCUAUAGGUUGGCAUGCAAUUGCACUAAUCCAUGUCAGUGUUUAGAUUGUGGAUGUGAGCACUCAGCUGGAAAUGGCUUUACAACAGAAUCCAAUAGGGUCAAAGAGAUACUCCCCUUACACCUUGUCUUUGAACAGCAGAAAACUUCCUGUGCUUCAUUUAAGGCAGCUGGAGGACUUUUCUUUUUUGACUUCCUGACAGUUGACAGUUCCUCUAGCCAGGUCACAUCCCAACCCGCUGUUGCCAAAACAGAGUUGUGUGCCUAGGCAAGUUUAACUCUGAAUUAGUUCUCCAGUAGAAGAAGAAAGAACAGAGUUGAUGUUCAUGAUGUUAAUAACUACUUGGGAUAGGUUGGAUUGAAAUAUUUCACAGUGUGUGCGAGGCUGGUAUUUUUUGGUCUCACUGGACCCUGUUGCAAAGCUGUUUCUUGCAGAGCGCUCUAUGUUUACAACAGUGAGGAUGUGAUCGGUGUCAUGUUUACCCGGUUAUAUUGGCUGAAGUUAUGACAAUAAGUUCUAAAAGUGUUUUCGAAACGGGGGCGGUACCACCCCCCAGGGGGAGUUCAGAGAACAUUGAGGGGCACUGGAAGCAAUAUUUUUGAAAGAGGGUCGAUAUGUGUGUAUCAUCUCAAAAAAUUUCACCAACAUGCUAUGUACGGUGUCAGCGCCGGAAAAUGGAUGCUAUCUUCGUUUGUAUUCCCCGUGGAGGAAAUUUAACAAGCUUUCUUCCUCUUCAAGCAUUCAUUUCUCCCGAGGAUACACAGUGAACACUGUGUUAUUGCCAUUGUUACAAAUUUUCAAAGAGGGAUAUUCCACUGUUGACUUCAUGUGUAAUCAACUUAGCUUCUAUCAUUCAGACACACAAUAUAACACUAUUCUAAAACCAGACACCUGCCACCUGACAAGCUGAGUCACAGCUCCACCGUCAUGCGCCUUAAUUCCAGCAAAGACGUGGGAGGUUACGUUGCAACGUUCUUAAAAAGUUGACAGGGCUCAAAGAAAGCCAUAUUUAAAGCCACCAAGAGUGGCAAGAACAGGGUCGGGAACCAGGAAGGACACUCAUGCUAUCUAUGUGUACAAGGUGCUGAAGUAGGUCCAACCUGACACCGGCAUCUCUUCCAAGGCCGUGGGCAUCAUGAAGUCCUUUGAGAGUGAUAUAUUGCAGUCUGUUGCCAGUGAGUCCUCUAGUCUGGCUCACUACAACCAGCGCUCCAACCCCACCUCCAGGGAGAUCCAGACCACUGUCUGCCUGCUGCUGCCCAGAGAGCCAACCAAGACCAGUGUCUGAGGGAACAAAGGCCGUAACCAUGUGCACCAGCUCCAAGAAAGCAAGUGAGGACAAAACUAUCCCAAGCAUUUAACCACUGGCUUAAUGUUCCAGAGGACAAACUGCAGGUGAUCAUCGAGGUGACUGAGAUGCUACACAACGCCAGCUUGCUCAUUGAUGACAUUGAGGACAGCUCCAAGCUGCGGCGGGGCUUCCCCGUGGCCCACAGCAUCUAUGGCAUUCCCUCCGUCAUUAACUCGGCCAACUACGUCUACUUCUUGGGGUUGGAGAAGGUGCUGACUCUGGAGCACCCCGAGGCUGUCCGAGUGUUUACCCGACAGCUGCUGGAGUUGCACCGCGGCCAGGGCUUGGACAUUCAUUGGAGGGACACCUACACCUGUCCCACUGAGCAGGAGUACCGCAACAUGGUGCUGCAGAAAACCGGAGGUCUCUUUGGCCUGGCUGUCGGUCUAAUGCAGCUCUUCUCAGACUGGAAACAGGACCUGAAACCCCUCCUGGACACACUAGGCCUCUUCUUCCAGAUCCGCGACGACUACGCCAACCUGAGCUCUCGCGAGUACAGCGAGAACAAGAGCUUCUGCGAGGACCUGACCGAGGGCAAGUUCUCUUUCCCCACCAUUCAUGCCAUUUGGUCGCGUCCGGAGAGCACCCAGGUGCAGAACAUCCUGAGACAGCGCACAGAGAACAUGGACAUCAAGCGAUACUGCGUGGACUACCUGGAGAAGGUCGGCUCGUUUGCCUACACCCGUCAGACUCUGCGGGACCUGGAGGUGGAGGCCUACCGCCUCAUCAGGGAAUUUGGGGGAAACCCUCAACUGGAGAGCCUUGUCAAACACCUCAGCCAAAUGCAUCAUGAGGCCGAAGCCACAGCAGAGUCCAGCGCUGAGCCACACUCAAGCCACAACCACUGACCUCAUCCACCUGUGACUAGCCCCUGCACACUCUGCUAACACAGAAGCUCUGCUAACGCACUGACGCAGACAUUUUCUGCUCAACACACAUACCCGUAUGUUACAUUCACAAACUACUCUGAGUCACAAUGAAUCAUUAAACUUGAACAUUCGAAUUCUGGUAGACAGCCACGGCCGUGUUCAGCGGCGACGAGACCGCAAAGCCGCCCCAAACCGUUGCCUCUCUCUUGUGUGCUGGAUGGCAUCCUUCAAGUGUUGCUUAACAAAGAAUGCAUCAGCAAUUUUUGUAUCCAAGUGUAGCUGUGCUGUCAGUGGAAGAAAUCAGUUAAACUAGAAACUAACUUUUUAUGGUUUAAGGCUUUUCUGAAUGGGGAAAAAAUAACAAGAUGGCAGCAGAUCUUAACAGCCUUCCUUUUGACGUGCACUACAGUGCAUAUACAUGUAUUUUUUAUGUUUUGUCACCAAAUGAAAAUUGAGUGAAUGCUGGGCGUUGUUUUUUUCUGAUGUCCCUGUCUCGAUUGUAUGUCGUGUGAUUUGGAGGAUCUUUAAUCAUUAAGCCGCCAGAGUGCCAAUCCUGUAGAAAAGAUCUCUGCAAUUCAAUUGUCUACUUGUUAUGUAACAUGCUGGCAUUAUAUGCAAAGUAGCGCUCUCGCUGUUCAUACUCGGCUGUAUACGAAUACUUUGUUGAUGCUUUGGCUUAUCGGCAGACUGUUUCCAGCUGGUUCAGAUUCAACACAGCUCUUCACACCUCUCAUAUUUUUUUAGGGUGAUCACCUUCGAAAUUUGUUAGUAGACACUGCUGCAGUUGACAACUCAUCUAUUGAAUAAAAAACUUUUGAAGAUGA